UACCCACCUGCAGGUCCACGGCUCCUCGGUGCAUUACUCAUACACUGCUCUGCUCCUGUCUCCGUGUCCGUGGCUCCUCCCCGCGCUCAUUAAAUGCCCGCUCGGCGCUGCAGCCGGCUGCAGUUGAACGAGGUGCUGACACAGGAACUGUAGGCCAUCAGGACUUGCAUCAUCCUGACAGCAAGCCAACAUCCAAGUUUUCUUUUUCGGGUACCCUCGCCGUCCAAACAAGCCCCAACUAUGAAGACUAUUCUUGCUGCAUACUCCGGCGUCCUCAAAGGCACCGGCUCCAGCAUCCUCUCUGCCCUGCAGGACCUGCCCACGCCAUUCUGGCCCUGCAGAUCCAAGAUGGAAAAACAUCUGCAGGUCAUCUCUGUGCUGCAGUGGGUCAUCAGCUUCUUAGUCAUGGGUGCUGCGUGCACUGUGCUGCUCAUCUACAUGUUCUGCACCGACUGCUGGCUGAUUGCUGCCAUUUACACCGCAUGGCUCAUCGUCGACUGGAACACCCCGAAACAAGGUGGCAGGAGGUCCUCUUGGGUGAGGAACUGGACAGUGUGGACAUAUUUCAGAGACUACUUUCCAAUCAGGCUAAUUAAAACCCACAACCUGCUGCCCAGCCGGAACUACAUAUUUGGCUACCAUCCCCAUGGCAUCUUCUGUUUCGGGGCUUUCUGCAACUUUGGGACAGAGGCCACGGGCUUCUCCAAGAAAUUCCCAGGCAUCAAGCCCUCCCUGGCAACCCUAGCAGGAAACUUUCGAUUGCCUGUCCUUCGAGACUACCUGAUGUCUGGAGGUAUCUGUCCAGUGAACAGGAACUCCAUUGACUACCUGCUGUCACGUAACGGGACAGGAAAUGCUGUGGUCAUCGUUGUCGGAGGGGCAGCAGAGUCUCUGCAGUGUGCUCCUGGCAUGAAUUCUGUCACCCUGAAGAACCGUAAAGGUUUUGUAAAGCUGGCCCUACAGAAAGGGUCUGACCUGGUUCCAGUGUAUUCCUUUGGAGAGAACGAUGCCUACAAGCAGGUGAUCUUUGAGGAGGGGACCUACUGGCGGUAUCUCCAAAGGAGGUUACAGAAGAUCUUAGGUUUUGCCCCAUGCCUUUUCCAUGGAUGUGGCCUGUUCUUCGGUAACACCUGGGGCAUUGUGCCUUAUUGCAAUCCUAUCACCACCAUAGUUGGGGAGCCGAUCACAGUGCCAAAAAUUGAGGAUCCGACUGAGGAGAUGGUGGAUCUGUACCAUGCAAUGUACAUCAAGUCCCUCCAGUGCCUUUUUGACAAAUUCAAGACCCGGUUUGGCCUGAAAGAAAGUGACGUCCUGCACAUCCAGUGAAAGGACCAGGGGGCCCUGUUGAAGCUCUGAACUGUGGCAGCAUCCUCAAAUACCCACCCGUCCUCCUUUCCCACCCUGUCUAUAUCCAAUCUUGGUGCCCGGUUUGGAUUAUUUCUGGACUGCAAACUCUGCACUCGAGCAUGUUUGCUAAAGAAAACCUUUGCUCUCUGCAUUGUUACACACAAACACACACACAAGCACUGUUCCUUCUCAGGAAAUGGCAGGUUUGAGAAUAGUCACCUCUCCCUGCUGCUGUCAUCAGGUUUAAACAGUCUUGGUUGGACAAAAUUGCAUCAAAUCUCACGUCAAAAAGUGUGCCUUUUUGUUGUUUCUUACAUUUCUCAAUGAAGGAAUCUUAUCAGUGCAGAGGGGGGUGAGUUCCACUAGAUGGGGCUGGAAGGUAACAUGCAGGACUGAAACGAAGUGCCAAUGUUUUCUUUCAUUUAUGCGUCCACGUAAUUCUACUUAAGCUCUUUAAGAUCCUAUAUGCUGAACGCACAAACAAUGCAAGUGGAAGGUACCACUUUAUCACUGGAUAAAAAGCCCAAAGAUUAAUUGAGCCAAAGACCUAUGUUGUCCCCACAGAUGCAUGUAUUUCUACUGCAUGAAAGCCAAAAGUGAAGGAAUUCUACAGGGUGGAUUUAUAUUGUGAACACACAAUAAAUGUGUGCCUGUGAUUGUAUAAUGCCAUAAAGUAUUAAUUGUAUUCUGUAGAGAGGAAGAAGCCUAUUGUUAGUGCCUGUCCCUCAAUGAAUAUUUCUGAUGCACUUUUUGUAUUGCUGAUUACCUUUGAUAUGAGAAUUUUCCAAUAUGGUGCUGCUUGGUUUGAUUUCCCUUUCUUGUCCAACUGGUGUCUGGAUGGGUUUUUUUUUUUUUUGUCCAUGCAACAAAAACCACAGUGAUGUAUUGUAUCUUCAAGUGUUUUGGAAAGUUUUGAGCUACAGAUGGAGAAGUUCUGAGGGUGGAAAUCCUGAUGUUUGAUGAACCUGGUAUAAAGUGGAUCUCUUUGUAUUCAUGCCAUUGGUGAUAAUUGAAAAGGAAGGGAUUAUACCGAUCUUAUUACUGGUAUUAUGUUAUGUUUGAGGGUGUCACUUGUACUUUUGUAAAAUAAGAGUAUGUGAGUAUAGAAUAUAUCCUGGGAAUCAUCAAAAUAACUAAGGUUGUGUCAAAUUGAUGGGUGGUAAAUUCUAAGAUUGUCAUUUGAAGAGCAAUUUCCUGUGGUUUCACCAUUGUGACUUCUUCUAAAGAGCAGUGUAAUCCAUGUGCAAUAAAUUUGCAAGGAAUAAAGAGUGAGACCUGUCUAUAUGACUAAUGGCAUCAUCUGUCUGCCAAUAUUUAAAUUAAACUUUUGUAUGUUUUCAGAAGGAGA